AAAAAAUGAUACAUCCACAUUAUGUAUUUUUUGUGUAUAAGGUUUUAAUGUAAAUGCCAGCAAUUUGCGUUUAUUGUGCUGCAAUGUGUAAGAUUUAGGAUUUUUAAAUAUCUAGCACGGAUUGUAGUUUUGCAAAUUUAUAUAAAUAUGUUUUGAAACACGUACAAUUGCGUUGAUUGUGUUUUUACGUGUAAGGAAAUAUAUUCGAUUGGAAACGCCUUAAGUCUAAAUAUAUUGCGGCCAUUUUGUUUUUGAUGGAACAGCUAUUAAAAACCAUGAAAAAAAUUGAUGAGAUAGAUUUUAUAUGUGAAUGAAUUAACUUAUUGAAAUUUAUCAAAACAAAAAGAAAAUCUAAAAAUCAUUACUUUGAUGAAUUGAAUCUGCAAACCAUGUUUAAUAUUACCAAAUAUGGAUACGCUAAACAUAACUUUGAAAUGCUGACUGAGAACAGUAAACCAGGAAAAAAAUACUAUAAUGAACUUAAUUCGAAUAUUACACUUUCGAAUAAUUCGAAAUGUAAUGAUGGAUGUGAUAAUUUAUGGAGCGUUUUGAAAACAGAUAUAACAGGAGAGAAUAGAUUUUCAGAAAAGAAAGUGACGAAUACAGAUGAAAUAAAUAAGUCAGUUCUUACAUGCUUUCAAAUGUUAUUAACAGCAGUUCUAGAUAUAAAUAUAUUUAGCAGAGAUUUUCAGUAUAAAAGAUUUAGUAAUAAAGUGCACAACAGUUUUCACAGGUCGAAAUAUGUAUUGCAUAUAUAUUAUGUCUUCAUAUUUGUGUUGUUACAUAUUAGAUAUGGUAAUGCACUAUUAUCUGCACAACCAACAUAUAUAGGACUGAUAUCAAAUUUUCCAAAUGAUGGCCAUAAUAAUAUCACUAAUAACAAUAUAGUCGCCUCAAAGCCACCUUUUUCAAGUGGUUCCCAUAUACCAGCAUCAAUUUCUUCAAGCGGCUAUUUAGACAAGCUUGAUAAUUUAGAACGAAGUGUUGCAGCAGUAUUAAUUAAAGUAGCGUAUGGUACUACAUCAACUACUAAAAGAAGUAUUCCCGACAAUGCCCUCAUUACAGGUCUAACAACAAUAGCCACACCGUUUCUUACUACGCAAAGGUUUUUGGAGAAAUCUUCACAACAACAGCAAUUUAUUUCUCAUCAUCGUAACUAUGAAUUAGAUUUGGAAAGGGAUCACGCUUUACCAACUUCUGCACCAAAUGCCGAUAUUCUUAAAAGCAACAGUAAUCCUACAUAUCCAAAUCCAAAUAGAUAUAACCACGACAGGGACAGAUAUCGUCAUCCAAUAAAUUCUACAUCGCUUUCUUCUUUGCCAAACAUAUAUAAAAAAAAUAAUGAUCAAAUAGCAACUACAUCAUUACAUCAUGAAGAUAUACCAUCUUAUCAUCCUCCUGGCCGCUCAUUUUUUACGCCACCUCUGCCACCUGAAUAUCAAAAUCCAUUUGCCGAUAAACCAACACUACGGGGUACUAAUAAUGAAGGUGCUUUGGUGAAUACUAGUACAUUUGUUAAUCGUCGUCCAAUACCACCUCCUAGUUUAAUGCCUGGUCAUGAAAGAAUCCCAUAUAGAGCGGUAGAUCAGUCAUCGUUAGGAGAAAACGAUUCAAUAUCAGUAUCAUCUGUUACUUUGGAAUCAGUUAUGCCAGUAAGUGAUCAUGAAUCAAGAAAUGCUUUCAGUCAUGUAAUAUUUACCACCGAAUCCUCAAAAACUGAUAAGAACAAAUAUGUCAAUAAUAACGAAGUUCAAAAUACAAAAGAAACAAUUAAUCAUAGCAAUCCAGAUAGUUCGCAAAAUUCGGGUAAAGAAGUUUUACCAAACAUUCGAAGAAUUUUAAGUGGCUCAAACGGUAACAAAGGUGAUGUACCAGAAGUUUUAUUUAAGCAUGUGACAUCCCGACCGAUACAAAAUUAUCAUCAACCAACAUUGUCUACAGUUAAGUUAGUCAACGAUACUGAAUAUCAUAAACAAAGUAAUAACAUUGCUUCAAGCGCAAAUAUUAAUAAAAGUAAAAUUAAAAUAGAUGUAAAUAGCAAUAUUGAUGGUAUUGAAAACAUAAAUAUGCAAUUUAAAACUUCAACAAAAUCUACAAUAGAAAAAGCUUUUAGUAAUUAUGCUGAUAAUGGUAUAACUUCUACACCCGCUGCUGCCGCAGCUAUUGGAGAGGCCGCUUCAUCUACUGCAGUUAACACUCCAACAUCGUCUGUUACUAGUAUGCCAUCAAUAGACGGUUACAGUACGUGGACAAUAGCUCUGAAUGUACAUGUGUAUUUAUCAGUUAUCUUAUUCACUAUUCUCUUAGUGUAUUCAUUUUAUAAAAUGCUAACAUAUAAUAAGCUCACACAUUUGUUUUCUCAAUCCUAUUUUCUUUGUAUUCAUAUAAUUCUAAUAUCGAUAUGUUCCACUCGAAUAUUUUAUCUUUGUUAUGACGCUUACAAUAUUCAUUCCACUUUUCAUAUAUUCAUAUCGGAAAUUUUAUUGAAUUUACCUGCAACAUUCCUAACAGUAUGUUUUUCUGUUUUAAUUUUGUAUUUAUUUUUGAAGUCAUUAAACCACAAGAACAAUCGAUAUUCUUCAUUAAUACGACCCCUCACAGUAAUUGUGGGUUGUGGCGUACAUGUUGUGCUAUGCAUUACACUGCAUUAUGUCGAAUCGUAUACAAUGCAAAAUCAUCAACAGCAAUUAUAUUACCAGCAACAAUUUUAUCGUCGACAGCAGCAUCAAUAUCAAAGUCAACUAAACCUAAACCAAGUUCAUCAAAAAUUUCUCCAUAGUUCAUUGGGAUCCACAAAUAAUAUGGGAAGUUAUCUAUAUACUCCUGGUGGAACAUCUGGAAUUUCUACUUCGCCUCCUCGAGUUUUGUCACUUAUAUGUCAAGUGAUAUAUAUUUUCGUUUGUAUUAGUUUGGGAUUACUGUAUUUGUAUUUAUAUAGAAUAUUGAAAAGAAUUUUACGAAACAAGUCUCAAAAUUAUAUUCACUGCUAUCAAAAUUUAUCUUAUGCUAUACAUAUUACAAUUGCUACUGCAUUACUUUUUAUACUCCUAGCCGUGCUACAAAUAUUUGGAGCAAUUAGCAUAUCGACAACUAGACCAUUGAUAACUCACAUAAAUUCAGAAAUAGAUUGGCUUCAGUGGGGCUAUCAAUUUUCUCUUAGACUGAUAGAGAUUGCUAUCAUAACACUCAUUUCUUGGGUGACAGGUUUAAAAAUAAGCAAUGGUAGUUCUGUUAAUAAUAUUGCAAAUGUUGAUGUACAUCUGGAACCGACUAGUGGAGGACCAGGUGGUGUAUUUGGGUCUAAUACAUCUGCAGGCAAUCGAGAGAAGCAACACAGUCAAUCAAAUCAUAAUCAUUCUAAUGUAGCUGGAUUUUUCUUACCGUGCACUACAACAUCAAGUCAAGAACAAUUUGAAACCGAUUAUCCUGCUGUUUGUAAUACAAAUACAAAUUUACAUACUUACACAAUGAGGACCGGUAAGCUAAUAUAUGAUGAUACUUUAGCUUUAAGUUCUCUUACAAGUCCAACAACUAAAGUAAACAGUUCUAAUUACCAACUUCAUCAUUCUACAUAUCAACAACCAUAUGACAAUAGUUUAUUACAUAACUCUUACAACCACAACAUUAAAUAUUCAGAAAGUAACGGUUAUGGUCAGGAUCGUCAACAGUGUGGUGAUUAUUUCAUUGAUGCGACAAAUGAUCAUUAUGAAAAUCCAAAUUUUGAAUUAGGUAGUUCAGGAACUAUAAAAAAUAAUCAAAAGAUUGGACGUAAUUCAACAAACUCAACAACAGCAUCAAGUAGUGCUUGUUCUAGUUCUGGUUUAUCAGUUGCAUCACAACAACAAAUACUUUUGCAAAGCGAAAAUUCAUAUUCAGAACCCUUAAAUCAAACAUGUGAUACACUGUCAAGUUAUAAUUUCAAUAAUUUUGAGCGACCUAAGUUUAGUAACAACAGAUCUGAAAAUCAUCAAUCUCCUCAACAAGUAAUGCCAUUUAAGAGAGAAAAAAAAUCAUGUACUAUAUUAGAAAAAGCAGCGUAUGAAAAUUCAAAAAACCCUGGAUAUAAUAUGACACAAUUCGUAACGAAUAACAGCGAGGAUGGAAGAUAUUCCAUGUGUAACUCUUUUGAUCGUGGACAAAAUGGUGUACGUAAAAGUGGAACAUUAAAUAACAGUUUUUUGGGAAAAGAUGGAGUUGUUUUUGGUGGCCGAAACUCUUCAUCAACAACUAAAUCUUCAAAUAUUUUACAUAAUUAUCAUCAUAAUACAACUGGCGUUCAAAAUAUAUCAGUCGAUCGUCAUCCACAAUUUCAUGGAACACGUAACGCACGUACAUCUGGUAGAAGCAGUUGCACUAAAAGUGGACGACAAAAAGAUUCCGAUGUUGUAUUUGAACGUGCAACAAUUGAACGUGUUAGUAGUCAUAACUUGCAACAACAUCCAUUUAAAUUGGAUGAUGACAUGAUGUUAGCAGAUAGUAAUGUAGAGCGUACCAAUUUAAUUAAUAAUGAAGAUGGUUCUUGUAUUUUAAAUAGUAAAUGUGAAAGUAAUCCUGUUGCAGAUAUCUCUGUAAAAGAAGUUGGUUCUAACACAACAAUACUUCAACAUUUGAAAAAUAAAUCUCAGAUUCCAUGUAACGAUAUGCAUUGCCAAAGUAGUAAAAAUUUAAAUGAAAUUUCUAAUUCUAGUUCAGACAAUUCGAACAAUUCGAACAAUUCAGUUUCAGUAUUGAAUUCAAAUUCAGAGAAUAUUUCAAGCGAUGACAUACUGAUUGCAGAACUUGGAUUCGUUAGGUUUCGACCUUUAGAUGAUAUAAAUAAUGCUCAAGGUGUAGGCAUUCAUAAUGCUUCACUUAGAAAUCAAAAACAUAUAAAUGUUAGCACUCAAAAUUUUGCCUUUGAACCAAUUGUUAGCGCUGGCAAUAGUAAAAUACUACAUAAAAAUAAGGUAACCUAAGAUAAUUUUCAUAAUUUUAUAUUUAAUGAUAUAAGCAGGCUAUAUAAAGUGCGUAGUUAUUUGGCCUAAUAUUUGUGAUAAAACAAUGUAUAUUUUAUUUUAAGUUAAUUAACGUACAACUCAAAUAGUAAUGAAUUAUGUAUGCGGAUAUAAACGUCCAUGUGAUCUAAGCACUGAACCAUAACAUCAAUUAUUGUAUAUUCACUAUUGAUUUAUAAUUCUUAUUCUUUAAAUAUGUAAAUAACUUCAAUACGCAAAAAAACAUAAGAAAUGUAUUAAUGGAUAAAAUAAUAUUUAAACAUUAUUUUAGGUUAUUUAAUUCAUAAAAAACAUAUUCAUACA